ACAGAUAUCCAUGUUUUAUUAGUACAUCACUACGAGACCCGGUACGUCACGUCUGACGUCACGUCAUUUUCGGGAGGCUAUGGAAUGUGUCGGCUGAUUUUGUUUUUAUAAAAUUAAACUAAAAAGUACUGAUUUUAUAUUAACUUAAACGGUGUUGGUGUGUGAAAUAUUUAUAAAUACGUGUAAUUAAUAUGUCAUAUUCAAAUAAGUAUACGUUUGCGGCUUUGCCAAGAACCCAACGCGGUACUCCACUGGUGCUUGGAGGGGACCCUAAGGGCAAAAAUUUCCUGUACACAAAUGGAAACUCUGUUAUAAUAAGGGACAUUGAGAAUCCGGCGAUAUCUGAUGUAUAUACAGAACACUCCUGCCAAGUUAAUGUUGCUAAAUACUCGCCAAGCGGGUUUUACAUUGCUUCUGGAGAUGUGUCAGGUAAAGUGAGGAUCUGGGACACAGUGAACAAGGAGCACAUCCUCAAGAAUGAGUUCCAGCCCAUCGGCGGGCCGAUCAAGGACAUCGCCUGGAGUGCUGACAGCCAACGCAUGGUCGUGGUCGGCGAGGGGCGAGAGAGAUUCGGCCACGUGUUCAUGGCGGAGACGGGCACGUCCGUGGGCGAGAUCAGCGGCCAGUCCAAGCCGAUCAACUCGGUGGACUUCCGGCCCAGCCGCCCCUUCCGCAUCGCCACCGCUUCGGAGGACAACACCAUCGCAGUGUUCGAGGGGCCGCCCUUCAAGUUCAAGUGUACCAAGCAGGAGCACACUCGCUUCGCGCAAGCGGUGCGCUACAGCCCGGACGGCAGCCUGUUCGCGUCGGCCGGCUUCGACGGCAAGAUCUUCCUCUUCGACGGCGCCACCUCCGAGCUGAAGGGCGAGAUCGGCUCCCCCGCUCACAAGGGCGGCGUGUACGGCAUAUCGUGGUCGCCGGACGGCAAGCAGCUGCUGUCGUGCUCCGGCGACAAGACGUGCGCCAUUUGGGACGUGGAGACCCGCGAGCGGACCACCACCUUCAACAUGGGCGCCGCCGUCGAGAACCAACAGGUGUCCUGCCUGUGGCAAGGCAAGCACCUGCUGUCGGUGUCGCUGUCCGGGGACAUCAGCUACCUGGACGCGCAGCAGCCGGACGCGCCGCUGCGCGUGCUGACGGGCCACAACAAGCCCAUCACGUGCCUCGCGCUGCGCGACUCAGAGCUGUUCACCGCCAGCCACGACGGCGCCGUCACGCUCUGGGACGUUGGCAAAGGCGAAGGUCGCAGGGUCGGCGGGCAGGGUCACGGCAACCAGGUGAACGGCAUGAGGACCGGUAACGGCGCCCUGCUCACCAUCGGCAUAGAUGACACGCUGCGGAGAGCCGUGCCUAGCGCUGAAGGAGACGUGCCUUCGUACACCGACAGCGCGAUUCCUCUGGGAGCGCAGCCGCGGGCGCUGGACUACCUCGUGGACGAGGACCUGACCAUUGUCGCUACUGUUAAAGAGCUACUAGUGAUAGUGGGCAGCAGUAAGCAGUCCGCGCUGCCCAUAAACUACGAGCCCAGCUGCGUCACCAUAGACCCCAAAUCCAAACACGUUGCGGUCGGUGGCGGCGACAGCAAGGUGCACAUAUACGCGCUGCAGGGCACGUCGCUGUCCGCGUUGACGGAGCUGACGCACCUGGGCGCGGUGACGGACGCGCGCUACGGCCCCGACGGCGCGCACCUCGUCGCCUGCGACGCCAACCGCAAGCUCAUCCUCUACACCACCGACGACUACAAGCUGGCCCACAACAAGGAGUGGGGUUUCCACACGGCGCGCGUCAACUGCGUGUCGUGGAGCCCCGACGGCACGCGCGUGGCGUCCGGCUCGCUCGACACCAGCGUCAUCGUGUGGAGCGUGCAGCAGCCCGCCAAGCACGUCGUCGUCAAAAACGCUCACCCGCAGAGUCAGAUCACGGGGCUGGCGUGGCUGGACGACCAGACGCUGGCGUCCGUCGGCCAGGACGCCAACACACGCAUCUGGAACCUGCCCCUCUCAUAAGCGCUGAGCGUUUGUUUUGCGAUUUUCAACCUAAACGCGCCAACUUUACGGUAUAUUUCGCUUUGUGGUACAUAUAUUCUAUCAUUCUAUGACGUAACAGGAAGGAUCGAAUAUCCGCGGACCAAUGACGGUCGCGUGACGCAAUCGUCCGACGUAGUCUGCGUUAGCGGCUACGUUUUAAUUAUUGGCUACUUUUGGAAAAAUAUUUUGAAAUGUCUGUAGACUUAUUUUAUUACAUCUCUUACAAUCAUCUUUUUUUUUUAAUGUUAAUAGAAAAAUAAAAUAUUUUUUAUAAAUCGCGCGAAAACAGUUGUGAUGUGACGUCACAUUUUAGAAACAAACUUAACUACAACGCUUUGAUUUAUAUGUCUAUUACGUAACCUGUGUAUCACAGCUGACAUAUGUCGCAAGACCAGCAGUUUCUCAAAUGAAUUCUCAUAUUAAUUUUUCAAAAAUAAAAUAUUUUAUAAUUUUAUCAUUUACCUAGUUAACUCCAAUCAAUACAUGGCUCGUAGCCAGGUGGCACGUCGAUUCUCUUUCUACAAACGCUAACGUAUCGAAAAAUAAAAAAAUGUAUGGGAAUGUCAGAUCCGAUCGACAACUCGAUCACGUGACCUGUCGAUAGCAAAUGUCAUUGCCAUACAUUUCAUAAUUUUCGAAGCGUUUGCGAUUGUAGAAAGAGAAUCGACGACUUAUAUCUUAUUUUAUCGUUACAAAUGUCAAAUAGGCAAUUAUUAUCGGAGUGGCGGAUUCCGUGUUUAGCUUGUUAAUUCCAUAUAUCACUUUUAAAUAAAGUUGAAUUUUUAGUAAGUAUUCUGUCUAAUUUUACUACAAAACGGAAUAUAUCGUAAAGUAGCGAAGUUUCAGAGAUCAAAGCCUAUAUUAAUAUUAUAAUAUACUAACAUAUUUAUUUGCUUACUCGUUAAGUUAUAUUUAACUCGUUUGCUCGACAAAGCGUUACUAACAUAUCGGAUUAACGCAAGUGAAACCUCUUUAAAUUACGUAAUUCGAAAUAAUAAUUAAAAUGGGAACGUCCCUAUUAAAUUAUUUUGAAAAAAUGUCUGUACUAUACAAGUCUUAGUAAUGCAAUUUUGAUGACCUCUGAAUUUACAAGACGGAGGUUCGAUCCCCGACUGGGCCGAUUAAAGUUUUCUUAAUUGGUCCAGCUCUGGCUUGGUGGAAGGCUUCGGCCGUGGCUUGUUACCACCCUAAAGGCGUACCGUCAAGUGAUUUAGCGUUCCGGUACAAUGUCGUAUAGAAGCCGGAAUUGAUGUGGAUUUUCAUCCUCCUUCUAACAAGUGAGCCCGCUUCCAUCUUAGAUUGCAUCAUCACUUACCAUCAGGUAAGAUUGUAGUCAAGGGCUAACUUGUAAAGAAUAAAAAAAAGAGAGGUCCUGAGUUCGAUUACCAGCUCGGUUCAAUUUAGGUGGUGGCAUCGGCCAUGGCUAGUUACCGCCAUUCAUCUUUAAUUAAGACAAUCAAUUAUCACUCUAUAGAAGUUUCACUGCAUUUUAACUAUUACGCAUUUUUUUUUAUAUUUUUUAUAAAUAGUAUCAAAAUUGUAUAUGAAAAGCGAUCUCGCAUUGGCUUGGAGUUUUUGCUAUCAGAGUGUCUAGUGGGAGUUUUCAAUGUUUUCAUACUGUGACGAUCGCGUAAAAGUAAACACGAAUUUAUAUGGAAUUGAAACAGUUGUGCAGUAGUGUCACUAGAUAGCGCUGUUUCAAUUCCUGGGAAAUUCGCGUUUACGUUAACGCGAUCGUCACAGUAUCAAACUGCCACUAGGCACACUACUGCAUGGUACUGUUACUUUUAUAAUCUAUAUUUUCUAUGUCGGUGCGCAUGGCGACUUUUUGCAAUGAAUUGUUUUGUGAAUCGUAUUCAAGAUCCAGUAAGGGCCGGUGUAUAUCUGACGCAGCGUAGCGUGUUAAAGUCCAAAAUUAAUUAAAACUAUUUUAUAUAUCACGAGGACUUGUCAUGGAAUAGGUACAUACUGAUUUUUCUUCCUAUUAAGAUAUUUUCAGUACAAAUCUCACCCCGGAAUUGGUGUUAUAGCAUCUGAUAGUAACCGUUAAUUGAACAUAAUCAUACUAAUUCUGCUAACCAGCGUAGUGGGUUUAAGCUCCAUAUUCCCCUUAGGAGGUGGCCUGGCCCUCUAAAAUAAAAUGUAUUGAUAGUGGAUAAAUUUCAAUAAAAGAUUGGACAAGCAACGCUGUUUAGCGCCAGAUAUGCAUGGGACUUAUGCUAUGACUAUUAUAUCAUAAUAAAAAUUAUUUAAUAUUUUCCGUUUGUUUUUUCACAAUUAAUUUGAAAUCGUUUAUACUCACGCCAAAGCUUAAAACUAUUUUCAAUAACGGAUAUGUCCUAACGUUAAAUACCUAUUGAGUAUUGAUAUAAUUAUUAUAUUAUGUACUAAGUAUAAAUAAAAAUCAAUUUUGUAUGAGAUCUAGAUUGUAUCUAAAUAUUUUAUUAGGAGGCCAAGAUUAAGAGAAAAAGAUAGAUGGAGCAAUAUAUAACUAACGGAGCCUCUGUUAUGAAGAUUACCUCAUCGGCAAACCGCAUUUGAGUGAUGUACUCACUAUAGAUGAUGAUGCCAAGUCUGUUCUACUCCAGGAGGGAUCAUGCGUCAAAAAUUUAUAUAGUGAAGAGACAAGGACAAAUUGUCGACCAAUAGUCGGAGUUGAGAUCACCACUUUCUUUCGUCCUAACGCAACAAAAGAGAAAGCGUCAACUGCUAUUGGUCUAUAUUUGUUUUUCUCUUGUGUCGAGAUACGAUGAGAUGCGUAUUUUAGGUCUACAGCCUAGUGGGAGUUUUCAAUAUUUCAUACUGUUACUAUCGCGUUGACGUAAACGCAAAUUUAUAUGAAAUUGAAACAGUUGAACAGUAAUGCCACUAGAUGGCGCCAUUUCAAUUCCUUAGAAAUUCGCGUUUACGUUAACGCGAUAGUAACAGUAUCACACUGCUACUAGGCCCUCAGAUGAUUAAAUACUUCUUGUGCCUGUCUCUUGACAAGCAGUUUGGAGAGAUCACAUUAAUAUCUCAUUCGCAUUCUUCGGUGCAAUGGAUUUUUGUACUUGGUGUAUUUAUUACCUAUAAUAAAUAUAAUAAAUAAUAUUUUCUUCUAUUUUUUUUGUGUCGAAACUGGAAAAGUAAAACUUUAUUUUUAUGAAUACAAGUGCCCAUCUAUCUUUUAUCUUUAGUCUGUGGCUAUUGUGUGAAACGCAUUUAAGCUUGUCCUAUUACUAUAACUCUAAAGCAUAAGAAUAACUAUAAAUAAGAGUAACUGAGUCAUAUUUACAAUAGGUUGUGUUUGAGGUGGUAAAGUACAGUCAGGCGCGUUUGGGUGUGUAACUGAAGAGUCAACAAAACAGAAACAUAUAUUAUUAUUUAUCAGUGGUUGCUAAGCAACGGUGUUUUGGUAGGUACACUGGUUUCGAUGUCACACUCCUUGUAUUAAAGUAAACAAUCGUUUUCUGUUAUGCUGACGUUCCUUUAGUUUACACACACACAAACACCUUUAUGCUUGUUGUAUUACUACUACAUCCAAAAUCAUGUGAAAGUAGAGAAUUUUUAUUUAUUUGUAGAUUUUUUUUUAAAUCAUAAGUCCAAUAGGUAUUUAUUACACAUCAACAUAUAUCAUAUUACAAUGCAGGCUUCGGUCGUGGCUAGUUGCCUUUAACUAUUAUACUGUAAAAAAUCAAUAAUUUUUAGUUAUUCUUAUGCUUGUCACUCAAUUCGUAGUGCGCUAAGAACAACAUUGUAACUUCGGAGUCAGUAUUUUUGUACGACCUAAUUUUUCUAAUGGAUUUUGUGGAUUACUUUUUUUACAUGGUUUCUACUAAAAUGAUAGUCGUUUAAGAGAUAAAUACAUUGUGUACACUUGUA